UCCGGUGCGCCAAGGGCAGACUUUUCCUGCGCGGGAGAGCUGCAUGUCGGACGACUUGGCUGGGGCGAGCAAAGGGUAAUACUGUCGUUCACGAGAAAGGAAUUACCUAUUAGAGUAGGAAGUAUGUUAAUAUUAAAUAAGGCAGCAGGAGUUUUUUCCAAACUAUCAAAAAGGAAAGUUAAUGCGCUUUUUCCAAGUUUUAACUUUCAUCCUGGAACACAAUUACUUCAUAAAAUAGUCCUGGGAAUUGAAACCAGUUGUGAUGAUACAGCAGCCGCUGUGGUGGAUGAAACUGGAAAUGUGUUGGGAGAAGCGAUACAUUCCCAAACUGAAGUUCAUUUAAAGACAGGUGGGAUUAUUCCUCCAGUAGCUCAGCAGCUUCACAGAGAAAAUAUUCAUCGAAUAGUACAAGAAGCCCUUUCUGCCAGUAGACUCUCUCCAAGUGAACUCUCAGCGAUUGCAACUACCAUAAAACCAGGACUGGCUUUAAGCUUGGGUGUAGGCUUAUCAUUUAGCUUACAGCUGGUGAACCAGUUAAAGAAGCCAUUCAUCCCCAUUCAUCAUAUGGAGGCGCACGCACUGACUAUUAGACUGACCCAUCAAGUAGAAUUUCCUUUUUUAGUUCUUUUGAUUUCUGGAGGUCAUUGUCUAUUGGCAUUAGUCCAAGGAGUUUCAGAUUUCCUGCUUCUUGGAAAGUCUUUGGACAUAGCACCUGGUGACAUGCUUGACAAGGUGGCAAGAAGACUUUCUUUAAUCAAACAUCCAGAAUGCUCUGGCAUGAGUGGUGGGAAGGCUAUAGAACAUUUGGCCAAACAAGGAGAUAGAUUUCAUUUUGAUAUCAGUCCACCCAUGCAUCGUGUUAAAAAUUGUGAUUUUUCUUUUACCGGACUUCAAAAUAUUACUGAUAAAAUAAUAAUGCAAAAGGAAAAAGAGGAAGGUGUUGAAAAGGGGCAAGUCCUGUCUUCAGCUGCAGACAUUGCUGCUGCCGUACAGCACAUGACAGCAUGCCACAUUGCAAAAAGAACACACCGUGCUAUUCUGUUUUGCAAGCAGAGAGACUUGUUAUCUCAAAGUAAUGCAGUACUAGUUGUGUCUGGAGGUGUUGCAAGUAACUUGUAUAUCCGAAGAGUUCUGGGAAUUGUCGCAGCUGCCACGCAGUGCGCUCUGCUGUGUCCUCCCCCCAGGCUGUGCACUGAUAACGGCGUUAUGAUUGCAUGGAAUGGCAUUGAAAGAUUACGAGCUGGCCUGGGCAUUUUACACCACAUAGAAGGCAUCCGCUAUGAACCAAAAUGUCCUCUUGGAGUGGAUAUAUCAAAAGACGUUGGAGAAGCUGCCAUAAAAGUACCACAAUUGAAAAUGAACAUUUGACUUUUACUUUUUCAAGUCUCUAAAGCCCAGAUAAAGAAUGGAUUAUAGCAAGACCUUCAGCCUGGAGGCAGUUAAGCAAAGUGGACGGAGAGGGGGCACUGAAGAACACAGCAGCCGAGCCUGUUGUGUCCUCUCUGCCUGCCACUGUGAAGGGGAAGCAGGCACCUGGUGGGGAGCAGGGCUGCCUGAGUAAAGACAUCGUGUAGUUAAACGCCAUAAAGCGUAUCACUCUUUCUGGUUCCAAACCAAAGACACUGUGUACACGUGGAAUACGGUCAACACUGGAGGCCACAUUUUGUAACCAUGCUUGUGUACCUGAUAAACAGUAAUGUCAGCUUG